AUGGUUUUCAUGAAAACACUCGUAGAAGGAAAAAUCCCAGUAAAAGCGUUAAUUGAUACAUCGUCGAAGUUUAAUACCAUUAGCAAGAGCUUGUUCGAUAGGCUUGAAGAAGAUUAUGGAAUACGUGAUCCUGUUGAGAAUCUCUAUGGAGAUAUUUUCAAAUUCGCAAAAAUCCAUCAUUUUGAUCUGGUAUUGGGGCAAGAUUGGUUAUGGAUGCGCGAAGCAAAAAUUAUCUUUGGAUUUUCUCUGGAAAAUUGUAAGCGUUAUGCUAAAAUUGAGAUAGAUGUUAAGAGUAUCCCAUUAAUCAAAGAAGAUACCAAUAAAGCCAGCUCUGUUAAAAAUGACCCACAUAAGUCCGAUUUAUCGAAGGAGGAGAUCACGAAUAUGGUCAAGAAAAUUCUCUCAGGCGUCCAAGAUAGGGGCAGGCCCCAUUGCUUUGCGAAAAGACUCAUCACGGAAUAA